AUGGCGGACUCUUCUCUCAACAACUCCUGGCCCUCCUUCUCCAAACUCUGGAUGAAGAGAUGGUCCUUCAAGAGAGCAUCUGAGUGCAAGCCAUGUAGUCAGCCCUGUGGGUCUCCCGCUUCCCAGCUCGGUGUCCAGCCUCAUGCAGGCUCCUCCUCCUCCUCCUCCCUGUCUCCUGCCUCGGUCACUGAGGAUGUCUUCUUUGGGAGCCUCAAUAAAGAUCAGGACACGUGUUCAGUAGUCAGCGACUAUGAUUUCCCCUGUGCAGAGGUGAGAAGCAGUCUGGAGGACUUGCUGGGCCUCAGCAGAGACUCUGAGUACUUAAAGGACCUGGAAGGGGGGAUACCGGCUGCACGGUCCACUUCAUCCACAGUGACCAUAGUCCCACGGAGCCAAGCCCCAAGUGCUGGCCUCCAGGUGGCCCUGAACUCCACGAGUGCUGCUCUCUACGAACCUAGCCAGACUUCUUUGAGCACACACUCCGCUCACGUCCAUGCGGCAUCUUCUUCCCCCUUCUACAUACGCCCUGCAGAGGAACCCCAUCAAAACUUUGUGGUCAAUCAGCUUAACCCGAAACUGUUGCCAGGUUGCAUCAUUGACAGCGGGGAUUCCUCUGCUGUGGGGCUUAGCUUGACAAUUAAUCUGAAUGGACUGUUGGGAUCAAUGGAACCCGCGAGAGGAGUAACAGGAUCGGGAGAAGCAAAGGAGCAACCCGCCAUGGAGUUCGAGGGAGAGACGGACCUGGACAGCUUCCCCAUUCUGGUCAGAUCCAUGUCAACGUCGAGGAGGCACAGCUGGGGUGUCCCCGUGUCCCCCAUCAACCUGGGGAGGAGACUGAGUCUGGACACCAUGGCCGUGGACAGUGACGGAGAGAGAGAGGACGACGAAGAGGGGGAGAAGGGUCUCUUCCAGUCCCCGCUGGCGCAGACCUCCGGCUGCACAGCGUGUCCUGGAGAGAAGACAGAUGGCUCCAUGCCGAUGGUCCCCUGUCCCAGAGCCAGGCUCACCAGCAUGGCCGUUGGCGUGCGUAGAAGGCAUCUGUACUCCCGCUCAGAGAUCCUCGCCACAGAUGAAUGUUCCCGUGCUGCGCACAUUUCCCGUGUCGUGCAGACAUCCAAACAGGCCGCGCGGGCAGCAGGAGCGGAGGAGUUUGACCCCGAGGAAAACUUGCAUUCUUCUGACGGACACAGCCAUAUGCUGAUGGUACAGAAAGUUCUGCAGGAGCUAAAGCUGUACCAUGGGGCGAAGGAGAGGAACAACAGUAAAGUUUCAGGAAAUGUCACUUGGUACGAGUUCCUCUCCCAUGAGCCUGAAGAGGAGGAGGAGGAGGAUCGUGCAGAGAAGGUGGAGAAAGGCACCAAGGUGAAGAGAACUCUCAGCUCUCUGAGGAACAGGGUGACUGGCUCCUUCAAUAAAGAUAAGGGUAAGAACCGAGAAAAAGAGCAGCAGAAAGAGAGGGGGAAGGAGAAGGAGCGGGAGGCCAAAGACAAAGAGUGUGGCAGUGGCAGCACAAAUGGGCAUUAUUUGGUGCCAGGCGCUUUCUCCAGCUGUGCCUCCUGCUCACUGUGCAGCAAGACCCUGCAGAGAAAGCAUGGCCUGCAAUGCAUGAAUUGUGCUGUGAACGUUCACAAGAGCUGCAAGUCUCUGCUGGGUGAGUGCACCAGCAGCAGGAGCAAGAGAGAUUCUUCGCGGAGGCCUUGCCAAUCCGGACCUCUGAAUCUUGCGCCGAGGGAGCGGGAGCAUUCGGGGCAAGCCGGGUCACAGGCCCUGGAUGGCCACCCAGGAUUCCACGGCCCCCCAGGCAUGACCGUUAGUUUGUGGGGAACAAGCACCCACAGCGCCAGCUCCACCGCAACCUCCAGCCUCCGUCACCACAACAGCUCAGGAUCCCUCCCCGGGGAGAUGGAUGAGACGGAUGCUCUCCGCCCCAAACGCUGCAACGAAGACGCCAUCUCCCUCGCGCCCUCCACCACCGAGUCCAUCAUCGUUGAAGAUGCUCACUAUGCAGCAGUGAGGGCUGAUCUGGAGUCCGAUGCCCAGGACCUGGAGGUAGAAUCAUGGAGUUUGGCGGUUGACCAGCAGUAUGUUAAGAAGCACUCUAAAGAAACAGUGAAGCGACAGGAUGUGAUUUAUGAGCUCAUGCAGACAGAGAUGCACCAUGUGCGGACUCUGAAGAUAAUGCUGCGCGUGUAUGUCCAAGAGUUGAAGGACAAGCUCCAGAUGGACCCUGGCAAGCUGGACUGUCUCUUCCCCCAGUUGGAAAACCUCCUGGAGCUUCACACCCACUUCCUCUCUCGUCUCAAAGAGAGGCAGCGGGAAAACGUUGUCUCGCCCAGCGACAGGAACUACGUCAUCAACCGACUGGCGGACAUUCUGAUUUCUCAGUUCUCUGGGGAGAUAGGAGAAAGGAUGAAGGAGAGCUACGGGGAUUUCUGCAGUCACCACACGGAGGCUGUCAGCUAUUACAAAGAACAGCUGCACAACAACAAAAAGUUCCAGAACCUCAUACGGAAAAUCAACAACCUCUCCAUUGUGCGGCGGUUAGGAGUGAGCGAGUGCAUUCUGUUGGUGACGCAGCGCAUCACCAAGUACCCCGUACUAGUGGAGCGCAUUCUGCUCAACACUGAAGCGGGGACAGACGAGCAUGAGGACCUGACUCGGGCACUGGGUCUGAUUAAAGACACCAUCGUUCAGGUUGACGCGCUGGUUAAUCUCCACGAGAAGAACUCUCGUCUCCGGGACAUAAACAUCAAGAUGGAGCCAAAGGCGCAGGGAAAGAUCAAGGACGGCCGCGUGUUUCGCAGAGAGGACCUGGCACCGGGCAGGAGACGACUGCUGCACGAGGGCACAGUCAACUGGAAAGCUGCUUCUGGCAGGCUCAAAGAUAUUCUUGCGGUGCUCCUGUCUGAUGUGUUGCUCCUGCUGCAAGAGAAGGAUCAGAGAUAUGUAUUCGCUGCAGUGGAUAACAAGCCAUCAGUGAUCUCCCUCCAGAAACUCAUCGUCAGGGAAGUGGCCCACGAGGAGAAAGCCAUGUUUCUCAUCUGCGCCUCCUCCAAUGAGCCAGAGAUGUACGAGAUCCACACCGCCUCCAAGGAGGAGCGGAACACCUGGAUGACACACAUACGGCAAGCUGUUGAGAGCUGUCCUCAUACUGAAGAGAGGCUGUUCAGUGAGGAGGAAGAGGCACGAGCUUUCAGGUUCAAAGAAUUUCAAGAGCGGCUGAGCCAGAAGGAUGCCGUGGUCGUCCAAGCUCUCACCGAGAAGCUGCAGCUGUUUGCAGACAUGGCCGAGUCUGUGGCAGGUCUCGAGGACACAGCCUCUCAUUCUAGACUGCUGCUUCGAGGGGACGCCUCAGACCUCCAGCAGGGAGAGGCUCUGCUCAAAGGAGCUCUCACUGAGGUUGAGAACCUCCAGAACCUGCUGCAGUCCGGAGUGAGGGAGGACUCCCCGACCUCUCGGCUGGAAGAGGGCAGCGGUUCUGGGGUCCUGCCCAGGCGAGCGGAUACUUUCGGCGGCUACGACAGCAGCCACGCCAUCAUCCUCAGCAAGAAUGGCAGUGUGAAGAAGUUUUCUGGCGAGACCAGAAACCGCGAUAGAAGCCAGAGAGCCAGCUCUGACCCUCAGCUCAAAGACCUUUGUGGCAGCCACGCCCUGGAGCAGACGGUUGAUGAGAGCUGCUGCUCUCCUGCCAGAUGGAACCGCAUCUGGUCCAACUCCUUCCCCGAGGCCGAGUUCUUUGACAGAGUGCUGAUGCUCUCCCAAAGGCUCUAUAGUCUGCAGGCCAUCGUUUCACAGCAGGACAGCCACAUCGAGCUGCAGCGCGCCUCGCUGACGGAGCGGGCCGCCCUGCCCGGCCGCCACAGAGGGAACGUGCUCCUGGAGCAGGAGAAACAGCGGACUCUGGCCCUGCAGAGGGAGGAGCUGGCCAGCUUCCACAAGCUGCAGGCUCAGCACCGGCAGGAGCAGCAUCGCUGGGAGAGGGAGAGGGAGAGGCACCGACAGCAAGUGGAGGCCACCGAGGCCCGGCUCCGACAGAGGGAGGAGGAGUGCAGGCGGCUGGAGGACCUUCUCGCAGAAGAGAGGCGGGAGCUGGAGAGUCAGAGGGAGACGUACCAGCAGGACCUGGAGAGGCUGAGAGAGUCCACCAGAGCCGUGGAGAAGGAAAAGGAACGCCUGGAACAACACCAGAAGAGGAUUAAGAGGAAGACUAUUGAGGUGGCCCCUGGCAGUCUGAACGGCGAGCUGCUCCUGUCCUCGGGCCUCAACGCCUUCCCCGGCGUCUCCGACCUGCCCCUCCCCCAGAAGCCCCUGGUGCGGGGCAGCCUCUCGGUCGCACCCGCCGACUACCCGGAGCGGCCCGAGGUGAUGCUGCGGCGGGAGGCGAGCUCCUCCACCCUGCCGGCGAAGGUGCCGAUGAACCUGUUGAGCACCACCAACCAGCAGCACAAGCUGGUGGGGGUGCAGCAGCAGAUCCCCACCAAGUUGGCGGCCUCAGGCGGCGGCAAAGGGAAGGGAGCCAAGAUCGGCAAAGCCUCGCAUCGCACCGACAGCACCGCCUCAGUGGAUAUGAAACAACAGAUGCUGCCUCUGAAGCUGUCCGCCCGAGAUGACAACACCCUGAAGGCCAAGCGCUCCGUCAGCCCCCACCAGCAGCUCCCGCUGUCGCCCCCCUCUCAGCCUCUUCCCCUGCAUCAUCACGCGGAUCAACUCGGCCCCGCAGACAAUGCCGGCCCAGACCCCCAGUCCACCUCCUCCGUCAACAUCUCUCCCCCUCAAAGUCUCCAGAAGCCUCCCCUGCCUCCUGCGCAGUCCCAUCCUCAGCCCCCCGCGCAGCCUCCCGCCAUCCCUCCCAGCUCACAGACCCCCGGCUCCCUCCAUCUGCAGCACAACGCCGCGGCGCAUGCGCAGGUAAACGUACACGGGCUCACCCACAGCCACAGUAUGCCGCCGACGUACAAGAUCGCCACAGAAGAUUCCAAUAAGGAGGACGUCAUCUUCUUCUGAAGUCCAGUCUGCUGCGGGUCGACCGGUGGAUGAAGGAUGAAUGGCGGGAUGGUUGUUGCCGUGUGUCCCAUUUUAAGAAGCCAGUGAGAUAGUGAGAUGUUGAUUGUAUGUUCAAUGGGGUCAGGUGUGGGGUUUUAGACGGUUUAUGAGGUUAAAAGGUCUCUGUACAAAGGUGCAUCUAUGACAUGAAGCCGAGCCCUUUUUUAGGCCCAUGAAGAAAGAAAAAUGCUUUGUUUUUAAGUUUCUUUUUUAAGUUUUUUUUAAUUUUAUUUAACUUUUGGUUUUAGUUUCUUAACUCAAGAGGACAACAAGUAUCAGAAGGAAACACUUGGCAAAAAGAAACAUGUAUUAGAAGAAGAAAAAAAAAAGGUUUAAAUUAAGUUA